GUUUCGGCUCUGAGCAAAAUGAGGUCGUUGCAGCCUGCACCGACUGUUGGCAUGUGUUAACAGUUCCCUGAGAACAAUUCCAAAAUAAUCGGAUAUACAUGUAUUACCGAAAAAGGGAAAUGGGGGUAUAACUUCUAUCUCAGAUCAACGGCCUAAAUGCGGGAUUUCUCCGGAGGCAUGCUCUUCCUGAUAAUUGUAAUGACAAUCAUCAUCAAUCCGUCGGAGCAGAAGAACAUUGGGUGUCCUUUCAGGAUUGGACUUCUUCACGAUAACGACACGAGAUGGGUUGAUGCAAUUUCCAAAACGGACCCAUUCAAAGAUGUUAUUGGGAGGAAGCUCUGUUCACAGCCUAUCACUGUUGAUGUAGAAGUGCUUGCCGUUCCGGCACAGCCAUUAGAGCUGUUCAGCAACAGAACAGCAGUUGACAUAUUAAAGAAUAGGGACAUCCUGAUUGGCCCAUACUUUGAUGAGGUAGCCACAUUUGCUGGAAGUAACCAUAUCCUAUAUUAUGUCACCAGGCCACUUGAUAUGCAAUAUCUCCCCAGAAAACUGCAGAAGCCAAAUAGUGAUUACGUCAUAGAGAUAUGGCCAACAUGGUCACACAUAGUUAAGGUAGUGAAGGACUAUUAUAGGUACCUUUCCAUCCAGAAAGUUGGCAUCAUUUCAUUGGACACUCAGCUCAACACAAUACAGGUUGGCCAGGCCAUACUCGACCAGCUGUUGUCACUCAAUGUUUUCAACGAGACUCAAAUUAUCACAUAUACAUACAGAGCCGAUACCAAGGACGAGAUUUACAGAAAAAAGGAGGUUGAUCAAAUUAUUAGUGAUAUCUUGUACAAUGAUAUAAAAAAUAUCAUAUUCGUCUCCGAGGGAUUUACAAUUGGUAUUGAUUACUUGACACCCCUCCAAGUGUUUUUUGACGAAGACCGUCAGAGACAUAUAGAUCACAAUGGCUUUGAAUUCCUUAUAUUCAACCCGACUUUUCGAUCAUUAUUCCAAAAUCUCACGAUGUUGUCAAAAGCUGGGAACGGUGAUGCAAACCUGGCUUACCUGGAUAUGUGUUUCUUUCGACCAGAUCAGGGUCCGUUUGAUCCGUACACAGUCGACAAUGCUGCAGUUAGAGAUAUCAAGAUGAUACUUAACCACACAACUGAGCUCCUUCGAACGUAUUCUUUGCCAACAACUGAGAUAUUGGCUUCCAUGAUGAAAGAUCUUACUCUUCCCUGGAGCCCAUCGGAAACCACAAUUUGCAAUGGCACAAGCUUCAACGGAAAUGGCCAACGUUCAUCCUGCUUUGUACAGCUCUGGUAUAGCUCUAUCGGAGACACAUCAAAAGGCGAUAACUCGAAUUAUCGGGGUUUUUGGUCGCCAGGUUCCCAGUCAUUCCAGCCGGCCAGACGAGGAGCUUCGGAUAGCAGCUAUCCACCGUUAACUGUAUUAGCUCUGCCGUCCCGAGCUUACUUCACCCUCCGAUACGGCUCCGACCUCUACACUGGGAACGAUAAAUAUGAAGGGUUCUUCGUGGAUGUCUUCAACGAUAUGUGGAGAACGGCCAUUGAGAAGCUCUCACGGUCGUCCAAUGUCUCAAACACCAAGUUUGAAUUCAAAUACAUGCCGGGCAUGCUGUACGGUAAGAGACAGGAGAAUGGGAGUUGGACUGGCAUGUUUGGAAUUCUGCAGUCUUCGAAUGACCCUAAUCUUCUCAUGGGCGUGGGUGGUAUCUUCAAGACUGCCGCAAGAUCGAUGUACUUCGAUUUCCUCCCCCCAGUCUCUCUUACUCAAAUAUCAUUCAUCCUCAGUAAAGAAGUCAAAGGCCAUAACGAAUACUUCAGAUUUCUCCGGCCGUAUGAUGACAUGGUUUGGAUUGCUCUGACCUGUGUGACCGUCCUCGCUGGUUGUUUAGUGUUCGGUCUUGAGCGCUGGAACCCUCUCCGCGAUGAUAUUGGCAGGGAGAUGCUCAGCCCAGGGGAAAGUCUCUGGACCUCGCUUCUAACAAUCACUCAAGGUGGAGCCGAGGCUGUCUUCACCAUCCAGCCAAUGAGGAUCUUCUCCGUCUUCUAUUGGUUCUUUGCUGUCAUCGUAUUAGCCUGCUACACAGGUAACUUGGCAAGCUUCCUCCUGGAGCCGAGUUUCGACCGGGCAGAUCUGACCUUUGAUGAUAUACUGAAUAAGGAUGACAUAAAAGUUGGCAUCAUGGACUCUGGGGCUACUGGGAGCUUCUUCAGGGACUCGAGUGCCUUGGACAGGAGGUUACUUUACGAAAAGGCAACAAAAGAGUCAAAUAAGACGUUAGCAAUGAAGAAGGUGAUCUCGGAGAACUACGUAUUUUUGCAGAAUAGAGUCAGGUUACUGUUUAAUGCUGCUGCAGACCCAGGCUGUGCUAUGACCGUGUCCCACGCGAGGGCUGGUCAAUUUGGAGCUGCCUGGCCAUUGGCAUGGAAUGCAAAGGCGAAGCACGCAGAACUGGUCAAGGCUCUUUCUGAAGCCCUGCUGAACAUGCGACUGACGGGAAGGCUCCAUGAUUUGGAGAAAAGAUGGAUGGACACAAAGGGUAAAUGCUCCUUACACAGCCAUAAAAAUGCGGACACACAGCAGCUUGAAAUCUUGCAUUUUAGCGGGCUUUUCAUGCUUGUUGGGGCUGCUCUUGUCCUUGCCUUCGUUUGGCUCGGGCUGACCAAACUCUAUGAUCGGAUACACAAGGAACAGAUAGGGAAGAAGAAUAACCGUUUUCAUCAGAACGAGAAAAACGAAGAGGACAACCCAGGGUUUUGUGACUCGCUUGGAAUAACUUACCUCUGAUGACCUGCUCUGCAUCCCGAGUUUCAGGAACGGGAACCCCAGUUAUCCUAGGGGUGGUCACCUCCAAAAUUU